AUGUGGUUGUCAGUAGCGAUUGCAAUCAGUAUUGCCCUCUUCAAUUUCUGUGGACUUGCGGUCACCAAGUCCAUCUCGGCAACCGCCCGCUCGUUGGUCGGAUUCAUCAUCCUUGUCAUCGGAAACUUCUUCUUUAACCAAAUCCUCACCUAUCCCGCUUGGUUCAAACGUCUCAUCGGCUCCGCUGCUUCUGAGCCGCUUAGACUCAAUUGA